UCGUUCGUUUCAUCAAGGAUCGUCUUCCUCAAAUUUCAGUGCGUUCUUUGUUGUCGUCUUCUUAUGCGAACACACAAUGCCUAUGGCGGGGAAUCUGUUAAGGCUCUCUCUAUCAACUCAGCCAAAGCUCUGUUUCGGUAAUGACGCGAAGCUCAAAGUAGACCGCUUUGACUUGCUGAAACGACGAUGUCACCGGCGUUUCCAUUUUCGACCUCAGUCAAUUCCUGGAUUGGUCUUGUACAAUUCAUUGGAGACUAGAUUAAAGCCGGAGGAAUCGUCUAAGCUUAAAGAUUCUUCGGUUCUCCUUGAUGUCAACGGGAUGAUGUGCGGCGGAUGCGUGUCCCGAGUCAAAUCAGUUAUCUCCUCCGACGAGCGAGUCGAAUCGGCAGUUGUAAAUUUGUUGACCGAGACAGCGGCGAUCAAGUUGAAGAAGGAGGUGAUGGAGAGCGAUACCGUGGAGAGUGUUGCGGAGAGUAUAGCUCAGCGCGUCAGCGAGUGCGGGUUCACGGCUAAGAGGAGGGUUUCGGGGCUCGGAAUCGGGGAGAAUGUGAGGAAAUGGAAGGAAAUGUCGAAGAAGAAAGAUGAAUUGUUGGUGAAGAGUAGGAAUCGAGUGGCUUUUGCUUGGACAUUGGUGGCGCUAUGUUGUGGAGCUCAUGUUUCACAUUUUUUGCAUUCGCUAGGGAUUCAUAUUGGCCAUGGAUCCUUUUUGGAGAUCCUCCAUAAUUCUUAUAUUAAAGGUGGAUUGGCUUUGACGGCUUUGUUGGGGCCUGGAAGAGACUUGCUAGUUGAUGGAUUAAUGGCGUUCAAGAAAGGAUCACCCAAUAUGAAUUCUCUUGUGGGAUUUGGAUCAAUUGCUGCAUUUAUCAUUAGUGCAGUUUCACUUCUUGACCCUGGACUUGAAUGGGAUGCUUCAUUCUUUGAUGAACCGGUCAUGCUUCUUGGUUUUGUGCUCCUGGGACGUUCUUUGGAAGAAAGAGCAAGGAUUAGGGCAUCCAGCGACAUGAAUGAACUUUUAUCAUUGAUAUCGACUCAGUCAAGACUCAUGAUUACUUCGUCAGACACUGAUUCCUCUGUUGAUUCUGUACUUUGCUCUGAUGCUAUUUGCAUCGAGGUCCCCUCAGAUGAUAUUCGAGUUGGAGACUCUGUGUUAGUUUUGCCAGGAGAAACAAUUCCUGUAGAUGGAAAAGUUUUUGCAGGAAGAAGUGUGGUUGAUGAAUCCAUGCUGACCGGAGAAUCACUUCCAGUAUUCAAGGAAAAAGACCUUACGGUCUCAGCUGGAACAAUAAAUUGGGAUGGCCCUUUAAGAAUAGAAGCAACUUCAACAGGCUCCAACUCAACUAUUUCUAAGAUCAUACGCAUGGUUGAGGAUGCUCAAGGACAAGAAGCACCUGUACAAAGGCUCGCAGAUGCUAUAGCUGGGCCAUUUGUAUACAGCAUAAUGACUCUGUCCGCAGCAACCUUUGCUUUUUGGUAUUAUGCUGGGUCGCACAUAUUUCCAGAUGUUUUGCUCAAUGAUAUUGCUGGCCCUUAUGGAGAUCCCUUGCUUUUGAGUUUGAAACUUGCGGUAGAUGUCUUAGUUGUUUCCUGCCCUUGUGCUCUGGGUCUCGCCACACCAACAGCAAUCCUAGUUGGCACCUCUCUUGGAGCAAGACAAGGACUGCUUAUAAGAGGUGCAGAUGUUCUGGAGCGCUUGGCCAAUGUAGACCAUGUAGCUUUUGACAAAACAGGGACUCUCACUGAAGGAAAACCCACCGUCUCCUCAGUGGCUUCCUUUACUUAUGAUGAAUCAGAAAUUCUUCAAGCUGCUGCAGCAGUAGAGAGAACAGCAACACAUCCAAUUGCUAAGGCUAUUGUAAAUAAGGCAGAAUUGUUGACUUUGACACUCCCAGAAACAAGAGGACAACUAGUUGAACCAGGUUUUGGAACCUUAGCUGAAGUAAAUGGACGUUUGGUUGCAGUUGGCAAAUUACAAUGGGUUAGCGAACGUUUCAAGAUAAAAGCAAGUCCAUCUGAUUUGAUGAAUUUAGAGCAUGCUGUAACGCAUCGGUCAUCUUCAGCAUCAAACUAUUCAAAAACAGUUGUCUAUGUUGGACGCGAAGGAGAAGGGGUUAUCGGUGCUAUAGGAAUAUCUGAUUGUUUGAGGUUUGAUGCUGAAUCUACUGUGAGUAGGCUUCAGCAGAAGGGUAUCAAAACAAUCCUUAUUUCAGGAGACAGGGAAGAGGCGGUUGCAACUAUUGCGAAGACAGUUGGAAUAGAACGUGAAUUUGUUAAUGCAUCUGUGACACCUCAGCAGAAAUCAAGGGUUAUAUCUACUCUUCAGACUGCAGGACAUCACAUUGCAAUGGUAGGAGAUGGCAUUAACGAUGCACCAUCAUUGGCCCUUGCGGAUGUGGGGAUUGCUCUACAGACUGAAGCACAAGAAACUGCAGCCUCUGAUGCAGCAUCUAUUAUACUUCUCGGAAACAGACUCUCCCAGGUAGUAGAUGCGCUAGAUCUGGCACAAGCAACAAUGUCGAAAGUGUACCAAAAUUUAUCAUGGGCCAUAGCAUAUAAUAUCGUCGCCAUCCCCAUUGCGGCCGGUGUUUUACUCCCCCAAUUCGAUAUUGCCAUGACACCCUCGUUUUCCGGUGGUUUAAUGGCCCUGAGCUCUAUAUUUGUUGUAACCAAUUCCUUGUUGUUACGGCUCCACGGGUCCGAGAAGAGCCGGAAGAGUAAUCCUGCAAAAAUUUCGCAAAUGCCUGCCGGUCCAAGUUAACAAAAUAAGCUGUGCAGCUCACUGAAGCUCUCUGAUGCAUUGCUUCUGGCAGUGCUUUUUGACCGAUGAACUUGUAAGUAGUUUAUUUAGUAGAAAAUUAAGGUAAUCUCGUUAUCUAUUGAUCAUCUCGA